GGCGCGGCCGGAGCAGAGGAAGCAUCAGCAGCCGCUCGGCACCAUGGAGAUCUAUCUGGACCUGGUUUCCCCGCCGUGCCGCGCCGUCUACCUGUUCGCCGAGGCGCUCAAGAUCCCUUACGCCUUCAAGCUGGUGGAGCUGUCAGCAGGGCAGCAGUUCACUGAGGAGUUUGGAAAACUCAGCGUGGUGAGGAAGGUUCCGGUUCUGAAGGACGGCAGCUUCGUCCUGACAGAGAGCACUGCGAUCCUGCAGUACCUGGUGCAGAAACAUUCGGUGGCAGAUCACUGGUUUCCAGCGGAGCUGCAGCAGCGAGCUCGUGUUAGUGAAUAUUUAUCCUGGCAGCACCUGAACCUCCGAUCUCACUGCUCAAAGGUCUUCCUGCUCAGGACUCUGUAUCCGUUCGUCAUGGGCGCCGAGGCCCCGAAGGACAAGAUGGACGCCGCUCUGGGGGACAUGAAGCAAUCCCUCGACCUGCUGGAGGAGAAAUUCCUGCAGGACAAGCCCUUCAUCGUCGGGAACAAGAUCUCUGUGGCGGAUCUGGUGGCCAUGGUGGAGAUCAUGCAGCCUCUGGGCGCCGGCGUGGACGCGCUGGACGGCCGGCCGAAGCUGACGGCCUGGAGGGAUCGAGUGAAGAAGGAGCUGGGAGUGAAGCUGGUGGACCAGGCCCACGAGGCGCUGCUGGACUCCAGCGGCCUGCAGCAGAAGAUGCAGAACAACACCGAGCUCCAGAAGCUCAAACCCGUGUUCCUCAAGUAUUUCCGCUGAGAAAAUGGAGAUAAAAAUCUGAUGUCUGGUUGUUUCUGCAGGACGAAUCCAAACGUUUAAUCUGAAGGGCUGAGAAAGAACCGAACAGAAUCCAGUUAGAGAAGAACUGUUCAAUAAAAACAUGAACAAUAUGAA